CCUAUCAGUCACGAGAUGAAAAGUAAGACAGCCAACUUCCGAUUUCCUCCUUACCUUGAAGAGCAAGCCAAAGCUACUGCUGCAAUGGGAAAGCUAAUUUUGUUGUGUCUGAAAUUUAUGAUGCUAUGCAGCGCUGUCGAGGCUGUGUUUGAGGAUCAAGUAGGAAAAUUUGACUGGCGGCAGCAGUAUGUUGGCAAGGUUCGCUUUUCCCAUUUCGACACGCAUGUACAGUCAUCCAAAAAGGUGCUGCUGGCAACAGAGAAUAAUGUUUUUGCUGCGCUCAAUACCAGAACUGGAGACCUCUUCUGGCGACAUGUGGAUAAGACUGGACCAGAGGGAAAUAUAGACGCUCUUCUACAGCAUGGACAAGAUGCGGUGUUAGUGGUUGGUAAUGGCCGCCUGCUGCGCUCCUGGGAGAUAAAUGUCGGUGGAUUGAACUGGGAAGUUGUACUUGACUCUGGAAGUUUCCAGUCAGCAUGUUUAAUUGGACAGCAAGACAGCGUGAAACAUGUGGCUGUUUUGAAGAAAACUGUCAUCUCUCUCCAUUACCUUUCUAAUGGUCAUCAGAAAUGGAUAGAGAAUCUACCAGAAAGUGACACUGUGGAUUAUCAAGCCGUGUAUUCCGGUGGAAAUGGUGAAGUGUAUGCACUGGGAGUGGUUCCCCAUUCCCACAUUGCUAUUGUUGCUUACAGUGCAGAGGACGGAGAGAUAAUCAAGCAGAUCUCUGUUGAUGCUCCGUGGCUGUCAAACAUACAAGCAAGCUGUGUGGUGAUUGGCAAGGGGAUGCUGACGUGUGUGGACCCUUCAACUGUAUCCCUCUACAUGCUUGACUUGCACACGGAGUCAGAGAUGAGCCAAAUACUCUUGCAGUCACUGGGACUUGAAGUCGCCCCUGACUUCCGUCCAGUUCUGGUGUCCACCCAGCCCAACCCAGCCCGGCAGCCGCUGUCAGAGUUCUUCCUUCAGCUUGGUCCUGAACACUAUCUGCUUCUCCAGCUCAACAACGGGCAGAUAGUUACACUGAGGGAUUUCAAGCCUGCCAUGCUGGUUUCAUUUGCUACCACUGGAGAGAAGACUGUUGCUGCUGUUAUGUCACCCAAGAAUAAAACUGCAUGCAGUCUGAAUCUCUUUAGUGCAGAAACUGGACGCAGACUUCUAGACACAACACUGAUUUUUAAUUUGGACCCUAACGGUGGGAAACCAGAAAGGCUGUAUUUACAGGCAUUCCUCAAGAAGGAUGAUGCUGUUGGCUACAGGGUCAUGGUGCAGACAGAGGACCACACACUCACUUUCCUGCAACAGCCAGGGCGUGUAAUGUGGAUAAGAGAGGAGGCCCUGUCGGAUGUGGUGACAAUGGAAAUGGUGGAUCUGCCUCUUACAGGAACACAGGCUGAGCUGGAGGGAGAGUUUGGCAAAAAAGCUGCCAUUCAAGAUGGCUUGAUGUCCAUGGUGCUGAAGAGGCUCUCCUCUCAGCUCAUCUUGCUGCAGGCCUGGGUUGCCCAUCUCUGGAAGCUGUUCUACGAUGCACGAAAGCCUCGCAGUCAAGUUAAAAAUGAUGUGACCAUUGAGAACCUGUCCAGAGACGAGUUCAACUUGCAGAAGAUGAUGGUUAUGGUUACUGCGUCUGGGAAGCUCUUUGGGAUUGACAGCAAGACUGGCAGCAUUUUAUGGAGGCACUACCUGAACAACAUCCCAUCUAAUGCAGCCUUCAAACUAAUGGUUCAGCGGACUACUGCUCACUUCCCUCACCCGCCUCAGUGCACACUGCUCAUCAAAGACAAGGACACAGGCCUGGCCACACUCCAUGUAUUUAAUCCUAUUUUUGGAAAGAAAAGUCACAUCACUCCACCCGCUUUACCUCAGCCAAUACUUCAGUCACUGAUGCUGCCUCUCAUGGAUCAGGAUUAUGCUAAGGUCUUACUUCUUGUUGAUGACCAGUACAAGGUGUCUGCUUUUCCCUCUACGAAGAAUGUAAUGCAGCAGCUUCAGGAGAUGGCCUCGUCCAUAUUCUUCUAUCUUGUAGACUCCAGUCAGGGAAGACUUUUUGGCUACAGACUGCGAACGGACUUGUCAACUGAGCUGAUCUGGGAGGUUGUCAUCCCAACUGAAGUACAAAGGAUUGUCUCAGUCAAAGGAAAAAGGCCCAAUGAGCAUGUGCACUCCCAGGGCAGAGUCAUGGGAGACCGUAGUGUCCUGUAUAAGUACCUGAAUCCCAAUCUACUGGCUGUAGUGACCGAGAGCACAGACCUGCAUCAGGAGCGAAGCUUUGUCGGGAUCAUCCUCAUCGAUGGCGUGACUGGUCGCAUCAUCCACGAGGCCGUUCAGAGAAAGGCCAGAGGACCGGUGCAUGUUGUGCACUCUGAAAAUUGGGUGGUGUACGAAUACUGGAGCACCAAAUCUCGGAGGAAUGAAUUUUCUGUAAUUGAACUGUAUGAGGGGAUGGAGCUGUACAACAGUACCGUGUUCAGCUCACUGGAUCGACCACAUGCUCCUCAGGUGCUUCAACAGUCUUACAUUUUCCCCUCCUCCAUUUCUACCAUGGAGGCCACACUGACUGAAAAGGGCAUCACCAGCCGCCAUCUGCUCAUUGGCUUGCCAUCUGGAGGGAUUUUGUCAUUACCCAAGAUGUUCCUUGACCCUCGAAGGCCAGAAAUAGUAACUGAGCAAAGCCGUGAAGAGAACCUGAUACCAUAUGCACCAGAGUUGCCGAUCCGUACAGAGUGGUUCGUCAACUACAAUCAGACUGUAUCAAGAGUGCGAGGAAUUUACACUGCCCCCUCUGGACUGGAGUCGACCUGCCUAGUGGUGGCAUAUGGUCUUGACAUCUACCAGACACGGGUGUACCCCUCGAAGCAGUUUGAUGUACUAAAGGACGACUAUGACUACAUGCUGAUCAGCAGCGUUCUCUUGGCCCUUUUCUUUGCCACCAUGAUCAGCAAGCGCCUGGCAGAAGUCAAACUGCUCAACCGGGCCUGGCGGUAAAGUGACCGUCAAAAUCCCAUCUCUGACAGCCCCGAGGCUGCACGAAGGACCUCAGCCCGACGAGAUGAGACGGCUGGGGAACGUGCCUGUAGAAGAACACAGGUCAAAGUUCAAUAAGGCCCUUAUGGAACUACAGGGGUGAGGGAACGGUGGGUUGGGGUGAUGAAAGGAGGGAUUAGUAAAGGUUUUUUCUGUUUAUUUUUUAACUUAUUUUCCAAGCACAAGGAUUUAUUUCAUACUAGGAUUAACUAUUUUUUGUGCCAUGUCAUUUUGAUUCAAUGUUUAACUCUUAGCUGAUUUUGAAUGGAAACAGGCUUGGAUUUAAUCAACUGUGGAGUCUGGAAAUUCCUACACAUGUGAAAGUUAGAUACCUAAACAAUGUUAGUUUUUUCCAAGGUAACAUUUGUGACAUUUCCACUUGAUUAGAUUGGAGAGUGGAGAGUGAUAAUAAACGUGAGGGUCAGAGAAAAGGGAGACAGCAGACGUGAGCAUGAUUUGACCACAGUUGUAUGGUUUGUACUUUUAGCCUGCUGAAGCACCAUGACGUCCAGAUACCAUUUGGUUUGAUGGUAAAUGAACUGUGAAUAUGAAGUGUGAGGAGAUUUAUAACAUGGACAAGAAAUGGUUUUUGAAAACUUCAAAGGUUAUCAAAGACUCUCCUACCAAAGGCACAGUCUCACUGUCGUCACCAUCACGUUUGACUAAGGAAAAUUGCCAUCAUUAGCCUUUAUUUUCUGUACAUCAGUCAACCUGCAGCUCGUAUAUUUCUGAUCAUUUUUGAUCCACCACCAGGAACUACUGAUUCAUCAUUAAAAUUUCUGUCAGAACUCCA